CGAAGUGUGGUCGAUGCCUAAAAUUUUUCUCGCCGCUAGAGGCUGCUGUGUCUGUGCAGUACAUAUGUUUACUUGACAUUUCUGAAAACGAGAAUGAAUCAUUUCUAAAACAAGCAACAAAAAGUACGUCAUAAACAAUAGAAAUUAAUUAAAAGAUUAUAGCAAAAAUUUUUGACUGUCAAAAUUAAAAAGUGUAAUUAAUUUCCUCAUUGCUUUUAUUAAAAUUUCAAACUGGGUAACGACAUGUCUACAUCAGCAAUGGAAAAGCAUCUCUUCAAUCUGAAAUUCGCCGUUAAGGAUUUAGAACGUAAUUCCAAAAAAUGUGAAAAGGAAGAGAAACUGGAAAAGAUGAAAGCUAAAAAGGCCAUACAAAAGGGAAAUAUGGAUGUAGCACGAAUUCAUGCUGAAAACGCCAUUAGACAAAAAAACCAAGCUGUGAAUUAUUUGCGUAUGAGCGCUAGAGUUGAUGCAGUAGCCAGUCGUGUUCAGUCUGCACUCACAACAAGAAAGGUAACAAGUUCCAUGGCAGGCGUUGUUAAGGCAAUGGAUGCUGCUAUGAAAGGCAUGAAUCUUGAGAAAAUAUCGUCUCUGAUGGAGAAGUUUGAGUCGCAAUUUGAAGACUUGGAUGUACAGAGCUCAGUUAUGGAGAAUACAAUGUCAGACACUGUCACUACAUCUGUACCACAAGGAGAUGUAGAUAACUUGUUACAACAAGUGGCUGAUGAGGCAGGCUUGGAGUUGAAUAUGGAAUUACCCAGUGGUGUUCAAAGUUCCACAAUUGGUGCUUCGACUCAAGUAUCGCAGGAACAAGACGAGCUAACACAGCGUCUGGCACGCUUGCGACAAGCUGAAUAAUUAGCCUGAAAAGUUUUUACAUUCGAACAAGCCGUUGAAUCACGCCUCAAUAAAGGCAAUUUGUAUUUCUUGAAUUUAGUUACAUAUAUUUUAUUAAAAUUAAGCUUCGUAAAAAACGAAAGCAUUGUUAUCACUUAGUGGUCUUAUAUAGCUUUCACAAUAAACCUUAAAACAGCCAAUCAUUGUUUUAAUUUUGGACGUCAUUUCCGUCUGGGAAAGGUAAUUUUAUG